AUGUUCCCGGCGGCAAUUCAACCUAAACUUAGUUGCCCUUUCACUAUUCAACCAACUCCCCCGUCUUUGGUCUCCCUCAAAACCCCAGUCCUCCGCAUUCGCAAACCACGUCAACUUGGCUCUACGAAGACUUUCUGUAUCACUGCUGCUUCAGGAGUUGCCCAGGACACCCUCAACCCUGAUUCUGCUUCCCCCAACCCACCUCGUAAAAAGAAGCUCGGGGUGGUUCUGAAGCCAAUGGAGAAGCCGAGGCUGGUCUUGAAGUUCAUAUGGAUGCAGAAGAAUAUUGGGAUUUCGAUAGACCAAGUGAUUCCGGGCUAUGGAACUAUCCCCUUAAGCCCUUAUUAUUUUUGGCCCAGAAAAGAUGCGUGGGAGGAGCUUAAAACUUUGCUAGAGGGCAAGCCUUGGAUAUCCCAGAAGCAGAUUGUCAUCCUUCUUAAUCAGGCUACUGAUAUCAUCAACUUAUGGCAGGAGAGCGGUGGGGAUUUAGCUUAA